GCCAGCAGCCUGUGCUCUCAGAAGCCAGCUCCAGUGACGAGAGCCCUUGAGAGGAAUUACUUACCAUGCUGCUCCACAGAAGGGCCAGGAGCUGCUGACCUUACCCUUAGCCUGUUACUCGUGUCUCUUACCAGAAACCAUGGACAAGCUCAACAAGAUAACUGUCCCUGCCAGUCAGAAGUUGAGGCAGCUUCAAAAGAUGGUCCAUGAUAUUAAGAACAAUGAAGGUGGAAUAAUGGACAAAAUAAAAAAGCUAAAAGUCAAAGCACCUCCAAGUGUUCCUCGAAGGGACUAUGCUUUAGACAGCCCUGCUGAUGAAGGAGAGCAGUGGUCCGAUGACUUUGACAGUGACUAUGAAAAUCCAGAUGAGCACUCAGACUCAGAGAUGUAUGUGAUGCCUGCUGAGGAGAACGGUGACGAUAGCUACGAGCCACCACCGGCCGAGCAGGAGAUGAGGACAGUCCACCCAGCCCUGCCCUUCGCCAGGGGCGAGUAUAUAGACAAUCGAUCAAGCCAGAGGCACUGUCCACCCUUCAGCAAGACACUUCCCAGCAAGCCCAGCUGGCCUUCAGGCAAAGCCAGGCUUGCCUCCACACUGCCGGCCCCCACCUCUCUGCAGAAGCCUCAAGUCCCACCCAAACCCAGAGACCUCCUUGAGGAUGAGGCUGAUUAUGUGGUUCCUGUGGAAGAUAAUGAUGAAAACUAUAUUCAUCCCACAGAAAGCAGUUCACUUCCUUCUGAAAAAGCUCCCAUGGUGAACAGAUCAACCAAGCCAAGUAGCACCAUAAAGCCUACUUCUCCUCCAGGGACAGCUUCAGGUCGAAACAGCGGGGCCUGGGACUCAAAGUCAUCUUCACCCACUGCACCAUCUCCCCUGCCGAGGGCUGGGAAGAAAACAGCUGUACCCCUGAAGAUAACUCCACUUGCUUCUCCACAGAAUGCAUCAAGUGUUUGUGAAGAAAAGCCUAUUCCUGCUGAACGCCACCGAGGGUCUAGCCACAGACAAGAAGCUGUACAGUCACCAGUGUUUCCUCUUGCCCAGAAACCUAUUCAUCAAAAACCCAUACCUCUACCAAGACUUCCAGAAGGGGGAAGCCCAUCUGUGGAUGGACCAUCCCCAAGUUUUUCAUCUAAUUCUACUUUUGCAGAACAGGAAGCUGACAUUUACUCUAAGCCCUGGUAUGCUGGUGCCUGUGACCGAAAGUCUGCUGAAGAGGCCUUACACAGAUCAAACAAGGAUGGAUCAUUUCUUAUUCGGAAAAGCUCUGGCCAUGAUUCCAAGCAACCAUAUACACUAGUUGUGUUCUUUAAUAAGCGAGUAUAUAAUAUUCCUGUAAGAUUUAUUGAAGCAACAAAACAAUAUGCUUUGGGAAGAAAGAAAAAUGGUGAAGAGUACUUUGGAAGUGUUGCUGAAAUCAUAAAGAAUCACCAACACAGUCCCCUGGUUCUUAUCGACAGUCAGAACAACACGAAAGAUUCCACAAGACUGAAAUAUGCAGUUAAAGUUUCAUAAAGAAAGAAAAAGGAGGCCAAUACCAUUGCUUCAGACAUUUCCCUCAAGUUUUUCCUUUUGAGAAAAAGUCCCCAAGCUUCGUAUUUUGGAUUAUGAAUCAUCAGUAAUAAAAUAGAAGAUGAAGGAAACUAUUAAGGUGGUAAUCCUCUCCUUUAUAAGAUGUUCACAUGAACUUGUUGUAUCUAUUGACUGACUUGAUGAACUAAUAUCUAAGGAUCUUAAGUCAUCAUGCCACUGAUCUUCUUCAAAUAAAUGUAUUUAAGAGAAGUACGUAAAGCAUUUUCAGUCAUGUAAGAAAAGAAUA